AUGGCUAAAGGUAGUGCUGUGAUACAUCCGCACCGUUCGAAUCCCGAUGCUAUUCGUCAACUUCAAACAGACCGACGAAUUAUAGAGAGCUCAGAAGACAUGGAACGAGAGGAAGAGGAGGAAGAGGAAGAAGAAGAGAAUGACUCGGACGACGAAGAAGAGACGCAGAUUCCAAUUGAUGAUCAGAUGACGGAGGUUUUGCCGUCUCUAGAGCGAGAUACGAGUCUUUUACCAAUUCAGAGACGUCCUUCACCUAUCUCGCCGCCUUUGCCAAUGGCUGAGGCAUUGACAGGAUCACCUACGGGGCCUUUAGCUGCUAAUAUGUCGCCAUUUGCAGAUAUCGAGUCGACGCCGCAGUCCAAUGAAGAUGAAGAUUCGAGGUCAGAGACGUCGUCGGAGAUCAGUUUAGGCUCUGGUCGUCCUAUUAGACGGCGAGGAGCAAGAAAACGUGUGAUGACGGCGUGUUCGAACCACCGGGACUUGUCUGAGAGACUGAAGAAAGCAGUGGUAUGUGAUGGAGAAGAGAGUUUCGGUGAAUCGAUGAUUGGAGCAGAUGUGGUGCUGUGUGUUACACGUGGUGAACAUCACCAUGGAGAAGGUGGAUCGGAAAAUGCUGCUACUAAUGGAAGUAAAACGGAAGGCGCUCGGAGGUUCCAUGCGCAUCGGUUCAUUGUAGCUGCUAGCUCGCCGCCUUUUCGUGCGAUGCUGACUGGAAAUAUGCGUGAAUCAUCUCGACGAGAUGUGGAGUUAUAUGGUAUUGAGCCUACGGUUGUGGAAAAGAUGCUGAUUUUUAUGUAUACGGGAGACGUGGUGCUGGAUCUCGAAAGUGUGCUGGGGCUGCUGAUUGCUGCGGAGAUGUAUGAACUAGUAGCGCUGCGAGAAAUGUGCAAGGGUUUCGUGCUCAAGUACGCACAUGAAGUUUUCUGCGACCCUCAGGUGGUACAACUACCCGAGAAGAUACUGUUGGAACUUAUACCUCAGGACGAGCUACAGAUUCGAGAACUGGCACUAAUGGAGGCUCUUGUUAUGUGGGGUGAGUCCCGUGUCGCCAACGCUGAAAAGCCGCUGGGAGCUUUAUUGGAGGGGAUGAUGGAGUUUGUUCGUUUUGCUACAAUGAGUGUCAGUGAUUUAUACGGCAAAGUUCGUCCGUUGGUAAACAAUGGGGUCAUCCGCGAACACCUCCUCACGGAAGCUCUGUUUAAUCAUCUAAAAUGGGGGUCACAAACUGGCGUAUCAGCAAAGCGCGCCAAGCCACGUGCACUCGCGGCCUCACUGCGCAAGCGUAAGCGCGUGUCGUUCACGCAGCAUGUCACUUUUGACACAGCAACGCAAGGAAAUGAAGCAUGA